CCCUAAACAUUUCAAAUGGGGAUAAGGUUUUAGAGCCAUGGGCGACUACUGCCUGUGGCGGAUGCGCCAUGACGGGCGGAGGAGCGUCGAUGCGAUCCGGAGAUUUUCGGUGCCAAAUGCGCUGCUGUGUCGAGGUAUGGCAGAGCAAUUGCCCGUUGGGAGAGGGCAUUUGAUGCCCCUCAAGAAAGAGGGGCUUGCGAUGAAGAAUGCGGCUGGCAAAAUGGCCUGGCUGGGCCAGAAUCUGAGUUCUAAGCCGCUGGCAGAGCCUCAAAACGCGGUCGAUGGACAGGAGAGAUUGCAAGAAAUCUUCAAGAAAGUAUCCGAGGGAGAGAAGGAAAGGAUUGACAAGCAGCUGGAAAUGGACAGGAAAGUAGCACUUCAGAUCGACCGCGAACAAGAACAGCUCGAGUUAUGGAGAACUUUUCACAAGCGGCUCUCAGGCGCUCUCAGGGGAACACACUUGGAUCCCGAGCCCGGGCAAAACAUUGCUUUUAGCAAAUUCUGGAAGCUCUUGGAAGCAGGAAAGGUGGAGUACGUCGAGUACGCGAAUUACGGGCAGCACAUUGCUGUUCUACUGCCACAUUUUGUGGAUGGAAAGGCCGCCGACGAGCCUGCUCGAAAGCUUGUUGUCAAAGAUGGAGUGACAGUCGUAGAGCAAAGGCCCGUCGUCUACAGGCGCCACUGGGUUGACAAAAUGCCGGGUGAUUGCAUGAGCGAUGUUUGGAAGCUUCUCCAUCCGCAGCUCAAGGACAUAAAAGUGAUCAAGACGAACACCAUAGCGAACCAGCUCUAUCCACAGGCUAAAAUCGUCACCGUGUGGGGAAUGCGGGUGGCACUGGCAGCAUCAGUCUUUUUCUUUCUCAAGUGGUCCUUGUCUUACUUCACCAGGUUUAGAGAUCCUUUAGAUCGCGGAUGGAAUGUAGAGCGCGAUCUCACGGCUGGUAACUACGUGCUUGGCGCACUUGGUGAGAGCAGAGCAAGAUUUCUCUCGGCCGAGGAGAAAACAGGCGUAACUUUUGACGACUUUGCCGGACAGGAUUAUAUCAAGGCUGAGCUUCAAGAAGUUGUGAAGUUGCUCAAGGAAAGCAAAGAAGAUCCUACGGUCUAUGUUCCCAAAGGCGUGCUGCUGCAUGGGCCUCCAGGGACUGGCAAGACAUUGUUAGCUAGAGCAAUUGCUGGCGAGGCUGGACUACCGUUCUUUUCUGUUGGUGGUGCCGAGUUCGUUGAGAUGUAUGCCGGGGUUGCCGCAGCUCGUGUGCAAGAUCUGUUCUCCAGAGCAAGAAACUUUGCUCCAUCAAUCAUUUUCAUUGAUGAAAUUGAUGCUAUUGGUGGAAAGCGUGGAAACUAUGAUGUUGGAGGGGGAGGUAGGGAGCGUGAGCAGGGCCUUAUACAAAUGCUAACCGAGCUUGAUGGAUUUCAGAGCGGCCUCACGUCAUCAAGAGUGCUGGUCAUCGGAGCGACUAACAGGCUUGAUAUGCUUGAUGCAGCUCUCCUGAGAAAAGGACGGUUUGACAAAAUCAUGGCAGUGGGGCUUCCUUCAGAAGCAGGAAGAUUAGAAAUUUUAAAGGUUCAUGCUAAAAACAAACCGUUUAAAUCGGAGGAAGAGAAGCUCAGAUUGCUGAAAGAUAUUACCAAAUUGACCAACCGUUUUAGUGGAGCGGAACUAGCUAAUAUUCUAAACGAGGCAGUCAUUCUAGCAAUACGGCAUGACAAGGAAUUCAUUGAAAAAGCGGAACUCGAAGAAGCAAUAAGUAGACAAGGAGGGUCUUUUGCUACUGGCCAGGAAGACGUGCUAGAUCAAACUGGCGAAGCUCGCACUAGGUUAGCGUAUCGGGAAGCUGCUGUUGCUGUACUAGACUGCUACUUCCCGAAUCCUCAUACUCCAUUCAUAAAGACUAACAUCCGUAAAAUGGAUACCACUGUUAACAUGCAAUACGCAGAGCCCCCGGAUUUUGUUUACUCAAAGAAGCAAGAGUAUGUAGAUGCUGCUGUCCGACUAUGUGCUCCCAGAAUUGUAGAAGAGCUGAUUUUUGGCAGAGACAAUACCUCUUGGUUAUCAGGAUCUUUCCUUGGCCAAGCUGGAGCUCUCAUUGAUCGGCUAAUCUUUCAGACGGGGUUCACUGCCUUGGGCAAGACAUACUACAAGACGAGAAAGGACGUCCUGGUUCAUCUGAAUCCAAAAAUUCAAGCGCUACGAGAUGAAUACAUGAGAUACGCCGUUGAGAAGUGCACGUCGGUGCUCUUGGAGUAUCGGUCUGCUCUAGAAACCAUGGCAGACCGACUUAUGGAGAAAACAGAGCUUCAAGCUGCAGAGAUGUGGGAGGUUUUCAACAAAUCACCACGAAUUCCCCAGCCUGUUGUUUAUCCAGUGGACGAAUACGGUGCGCUUAUUUAUGAAGGCCGUUGGGGGAUUUAUGGCGCUUCUCUUCCUGGAAGAGCAAGUUAUUAUCCUGGAAAUGUUGGAUACGCAACAUUCGGUGCGCCAAAGCCACGACAGGUCCAACGCGUGCGCGACGAAGCCUGGGAGUACAUGGACAAAAGAAUAAAACAGAACAAAGAGAACCUGGACAAGCUGCUAGAGACUGAGGAGGGGAGGAGGUUUUACGAGGAUGAUCUCCAGCAAAGGGUCAUGCUCAGCGACUACUAUUACCUCUAGUCUUCUUGGUAACGGAGUUUCACCUUCUUCUCGAUGCUGGACGAGAGAGACACAAAUGCGGCUGCCGGGACAAAUCACAUCCGUGUUGGAAUUGUUAUCAAAUUUACAUGCCUGUACGAGACGAGGGAUCCAUCAGCAACGACAAGAGAAAAGAAACAAAGUCGGUUUUUUUUCCAACUCACCUGGCUCGCGACGAGCAUUGCACCUAAAGCACUCGACCCUGUUGGCGAAGUUGUGCUCUUUGCAGCCGGUUCUGGCAAAAUCCAAAGAAAACCUUGUCAGCCUCCAUUGAAGCAUCAAUUCACGAAAGAAAAUGCCAGUU